CACACACUGCAGGACCGACCGACACUAGUGAAUCCCUGCAUUGCGAGGAAACUGCGAUGGGACAGUAGCCAAGUACAGGGGGGUGAGAUAACGGAGAACAGCACCACAGCAAAACCCUCAUCGUUAUAGUAGUCUGCAAUCGUAAAGACAGCGCACACCGGGAUCAUCUAUCUAUCUUCUUCUAAACAAACUAAUGGUGACAGUUGAUGAUGACCAACCUGCCUCUGACUAUGUCCUUGGCCAAAGCGCUAUUGAUCGUGACGUGUGUCAUCCUGAACUUCACCCUCUGCGUGACCUCCCUGCCAGCGGAGAUAGAGAGGGGAUGGAGAAGAGCCGUGCACGUGCUUGAGGACGACACCGGCGCGGUCAUCGUCCAGACCGCACCGGGGAAGGUGGUGACCCACCGGGGGGGCUCCAUCACCCUGCCGUGCCGGUACCACCACGAGCCAGAGAGCACCGACCCCUCCCGCGUCCGCAUCAAGUGGACCAAGGUGACCGACGCGCUGCAGUUUGUGGACGUCUACGUGGCCCUGGGAAGGCAGCAGCGGGUGUUCGGCCCGUACCGAGACCGCGUGUCCCUGGAGGGGGCGGGGCCCGGCGACGCCUCCCUCGUCAUCCACAACGUCACGCUGGCCGACUACGGCCGCUACGAGUGUGAGGUCACCAACGACAUGGAGGACGACACAGGAUUCGUUAACCUCGAUCUGGAAGGGGUGGUGUUUCCCUACUACCCCCGCGUGGGCCGCUACAAGCUCAACUACCAGCAGGCGGAGGACGCCUGCAAACAGCAGGACGCCAUCCUGGCCUCCCACUCUCAGCUGCACAAGGCCUGGCUCGAGGGUCUGGACUGGUGCAACGCAGGCUGGCUGGAGGACGGCUCGGUGCAGUAUCCCAUCUCCAAUCCCCGGGACGAGUGCGGCCGCAAAGACAUGCCCGCCGGCGUGCGUAACUAUGGCUACCGGCACAAAGAGGACGAGCGCUAUGACGCCUUCUGCUUCACCUCCAACCUCAACGGCCGGGUCUACUUCCUGAAGCGCUUCAAGAAGGUGAACUACGCGGAGGCGCUGAAGGCGUGCGUGCGCGACGGCGCGGCGGUGGCCCGCGUGGGCCAGCUGUACGCCGCCUGGAGGCUGCAGCUGCUGGACCGCUGCGAGGCGGGCUGGCUGGGCGACGGAAGCAUCCGCUACCCCAUCGUCAACCCCCGCGCCCGCUGCGGGGGGGCCGCCCCCGGGGUCCGCCACCUGGGCUUCCCCGACAAGAAGUUCCGCCUCUACGGGGUGUACUGCUUCCAGAAGAACCAGGAGGAGGAGCAGGAG